AUGCAGGACGGCCAAAAAGCAUAUGAAAGCUACACCGUCGCCGUGGUCAGUGCUCUCGGCUUCGAGAUGAGCGCAGUCCGGUAUAUGCUAGACCGAGAACAUCCCAGCUUGCCCAAUAAAGACGGCGAUUCGAACAUCUACGUUCUCGGCGAGCUGCAAGGCCACAAGGUAGUUCUCGCAUGUCUUCCAGGAAAUCAAGGAAAAGGUGCAGCUGCAAUUGUAGCCACAAAUUUAACCCGUACCUUCCCAUCUAUCAUCUGGCGGUUCUUUGUAGGGAUUGGCGGAGGAGUUCCCAGCAAGAGGCACGAUAUACGACUUGGCGAUGUUGUAGUAAGCAUGCCUGAUGCACAGCACGGAGGAGUAGUCCAAUAUGAUCUUGGCAAGGCAACAGACAGCGGUUUUAUCCGGAAGGGCUUUCUCUCUGCUCCACCGUCCCUCCUCAGGAGUGCUGUGGUGAAAAUGGAGUCUGAUCAUUUGGUGAACGAUAACAAGAUCAAAGACUUCUUGGAUACGAUGUUGCGGAAAGGAAAGCGUCUUUCAAGAUAUGAGAGGCCUUCUAAUGACAUGGAUGUGAUGUUUAAGGCGGACUAUCCUCACAAUCCCUUGAGCAUCACGUGCGAGGAAUGUGACGAACAACAAAGAACCACUAGAACACCUCGCGACGGCGAAGCUUCUGAGAUCCACUACGGAUUAAUCGCCUCCGGAGACUUGGUGAUCAAAAGCACCAAAUAA